AUGCAUUACCUGAACGAGUCUCUCAGGUUGAGCAAUUUGCGUGCCUUUAUACGAGCCAAGUAUCUAACUUGGCAUUGUUCUCUUCUGAUAAGUACUACAGACCCAGUGAAGAUUUUAUGCAGCAUGAGUUUUGCAUUUUGGAAAGCUGAACUCUGUGUGUACCCUGUCUUGCACCCCUUGCCUUUUGGGGGGGGGAUAUACAUUGUGUUAACAUCUUGA